UGCAGAAGAUACGCUCACAAACUUUCCCACCUGAGGUGAACUCAUUGGAUCCUCUCUCUCUCUCUCUCUCUCUCUCUCUCUCUCUCUUUCUCUCUCUCUCUUUCUCUCUCUCUCCCCCACCCAUUCAUUCAUGUGGGACAAUUCAGAUUCAGAUCACGGACACAGACAGUAAAAAGGAUGCGAGCGCCGGAGAGAGGAGGCAGAGCAGAACGUUUUUCCCCACGAGUGUGUCCUUCCUCGGCGUGAGCGCGUGUAACCUCACGGGGAAUUCAACGACACUGUGAGUUACGGCUGUGUGUGUGUGUCAGGUGUCCAGGACCUGCACAGAACAGGAUCUGCGUUUUCCACACUGUGACUGAGGAGGAGAAGUGAUGGCUCGAGAAAAUAGCUGCUGCAGAGCUUGCUGCAGGGGCUUGUAUGCUUGCCAGUGGAGGAGCUCGCAUGAAAAUAAGAGCAAACAGGCCUGCUGCUGGUACAUAGUUGUCACUCUGGUCUCUCUGCUUUCUCUGUGCUGGAUGUACAUUUGUCUGGUUAUUUAUAAUGACCAAGACGAUGUUAACUGGAAGGUCUUCACAAUACUGAAACAGUGGGUGAACUGGUCCAUGGUGCUGAUCAUCACCUAUGCAGUGUUAACCAGCUACUGCAUUCUGCUGCUGCUCUUUGCACUGUUCCAUGCUGCCUUAGGAGAACAACUCAACUUACACUGGCUGCACAAGAUCUUCCUGUGUCUUGGGGGGACGCUCACUGUUACCGGGAUCGUAGUCUUGAGCUACAUAAGGAGAGAGCAAUGGUCAGCCGUUCGUCUUUCACUUGAGGCCACAGCUCCUUUCCUUCAGUUUGGUGCUGUUGGAGCCCUGACGCUGCUGAGCUCGUUUGUCUUCCACUGCUUCCACAGGGUCAAAUGUGCAGGGUCUAAAGUCCUGAUUGCAGUGGUCUUUGUGGCAGUGUCAGCAGCCAUCUUCCUGUGUCCCAUAUUCAUCCGUUCUCCUUGUCUGAUAGAGUGGAGUGAAUUACCCGACAAACCAAAGCUCAUUGGCCACAGAGGCGCACCAAUGCUGGCUCCAGAGAACACCAUGAUGUCAUUCAACAGGAGCAUCGCGUGCGGCGUGACAGCCUUUGAGACCGAUGUUCAGCUCAGCAAUGACAGCAUUCCCUUCUUGAUGCACGACAACGAGUCUGACUUUUUGUUGAGAACGACAAACGUUAAGGAGAAGUUUCCCAGGACAAACUUCAACAACAGCACCAGCCUAACAUGGGAGGUGUUACAGAGUCUGAAUGCAGGUGAAUGGUUCCUAAAGACAGAUCCUUUCAAUUCAGUGUCCCAGCUCUCAGAGGAGGAGAAGGAAACGGCUAGGAAACAGACUAUACCAUCCUUAUAUCAGCUCCUCAUCCUCGCCAAGCAGCACAGCAUCUCAGUGAUAUUUGAUCUGUAUAGUCCCAACCCAGAAAGGGACGCAAAGGACACAGUUAAAGCCAUCUUGGAUUCUAAGAUUGACCCAAGCCUGAUCCUCUGGCUUCCUCCAGUGAACAUGACUGAUCAAGGUUUCAUCCAGGUCUAUAAAAGUACAACUGAAAUGCGUAAACACGGAGAAAACCACCUGAAUGCAAAAUACAGCGAAUUAACUACUGAUGAAAUCAGAGAACUUCGGAGGGACAACGUCACUGUUAACCUGUGGGUGGUUAAUGAGCGUUGGCUGUUUUCUCUGCUGUGGUGUGCAGGGGCCAGCUCUGUUACCACCAACUCCUGCCACCUCCUAAAAGAAGUGGACCGCCCUGACUGGACCUUGUCACAUCUCCAAUACAAAAUAAUAUGGAUUUCAGUGGACCUUGUAUCUUUUCUGAUAAUGAUUGGGCUCUACAUCUUUCAGAGGAAAAAACACAGUUUGUGUCCUAGAAGAGGAACAGAACAGCAAAGAAGCAAUACUUCAGCCUCCAACGAGAAAGACGUUCCCCUCCUCUCUUUCACUGCUUAGUUUGACCGUCUCCAGCCACGGAUGUUUCAGCCCUGAAACAGACGUACAUCACUGUUUGCACUGUUGGAAUGAUUUGGACCUGAAUCAGGAAGAAGGCAAGCUAUUGUGAAUUUCCAUACACUGCAUUCUGAAGCCAUGAAAGUUGUCUUUACAUUGUUACAUGAGAAUCAAAUACGAGCACUCUACCACUAGAUGGCAGUUUUAGUUUUUUGUUUCUGUGUAAGUCUAGCUGGUUAACUGGGUUUAUCUUUCGCGGGGGGUUGAUCAUUUGUCUGUUGCAAUUGAAAAUAUGAAGCUUCUCUCUGAUUGCAUCACUGCAGUGUGUGAUAUGUGCACUGAAAUUUCUCCUGGCACUUUAUGUCAUUGUGUUUUUUUCAGUUAUUGAUGUUUUGAUUUGUUUCAAAACAAGUUUUUUAAGGUCAUUACUGCAGGAAGGAUGUGGUGUAAGCUGAGCCUUGUGUAUGUAACCCACUGUUGUUUUUUUGUUUGUUUUGGAAGAUUGGGUUAUGUGUAAUUUAUACAGUAUAUUAUAUAUUCCAAAUGGGUAUAAAAACACUGAGUAAAAUCUGACUUCUGUAGAACAGUUAUUCGGUGAAAACAAGCAAAUAAUACAUUAGAAAAAUUAAAACAUAUAUGUGGUUCAUUGUUUCUUUAUGUAUUAACU